CAAUUCUCUGUUUUUGUUUUAAUUUUUUGGUAUAAUUCUUUGGAUUAGUUCUUCAUGCUUAUGGAUAUUGUUUGUGAAUUGGGUAUUAGGUCAUGUUUGUGAAAUGGGUGUUUAUUUAUUUAUUUAACAAGAAAAGGGUGGUUUAGUUUUUCAUAAUCUUGACUUGAGGUAUAUUUAUAUUCAAUGUUAAGCUGGUAUGUGUGAAAAAAUGAAGGAAUAAAAUGGAAUUACGAAGUUAGCCUUGAGUCAUAUCUUCCCAGAUGACCCCAAUAUGGUUCUUUCCUUUUGGCUCAUAUGUCGAACUCACAAUGAGCAUUCUUUUGCAAAAGGGAUAGAUACUAGUUCCUAGCGUGCCUCUGAGACAGCCACAUAUUCACAUGCUCCGUGUGGUUCAGGGCUGUUUACUACGACAUAGUGAAAGUUUGUUUGUUGUAAUUUCAUUAGUAUUCCAGCUUUAUGUAUUUUGUUUUAAAACCUAAUUACUCUCAAGGACGGGUAUGCUGCUAUGCAUUGUGCUCUAUUUAUUUCAUACAUGUAUUGGUUUUCCCAUUUGUUGAUAAUAAAACGACUGUCAACUUAAGCGUGGCAUUUGAUUUUGGUUUGUGGUCUUCUGUUUCAAAUUGAGAUGAAGAACUUGAUAUCAACUAGGUUGAGAUGUUUGUGCUUUUUGUAUGUGUAUUUUGUGUGGGAUGGACGGGUUGGUGUGCGUGGGACGUGUUGGUGUGCGUAUGCUUGGCUUCCUUUCCCUCUGGCUGCUUUGUGGGGCUGGGUUUGUGUAUGCAAUGGAACAAUAGGUUGCACUAACAACAAUUAUGCAUCAAGAGAGAAGUGCAAGAAGUGCGGACAACCAAAGGAGGUAGCAGCCAUGCCGGCUAUUGCAAUGACUGGAGCAUCUUUCCCCACUUAUUCACAUUAUUUUUCCAGGGCUCCAGGAGGACCGGAACAAAAGAUGAAUAUUGGGUUGAUUGGUAAUGGUGUGCCGCCACAGACACUGCAUUUGAACUCCAAUUGGCCUGUUACAGGAGCAGAUAAGUAUGGCGUCCAGCCAGUUUCCAUGUGGAUACCAGGUGGAAAUUAUAGUUCUGGACAUCCUUAUGAAAAUCCCACCAGCCAGAACUUAUCUGUUCCAAAGGGAUGGCGUAAUGGGGACUGGCUCUGUAACUGCGGCUUCCAUAAUUACUCAUCACGCUCACAGUGCAAAAAAUGUAAUGCUUUUCCACCUGCACUUGGGACAAAACGGUUAGCUUCUGAAGAGUUGGUUUAUGACUGGGACAACAAGAGACUGAAUGUAGGACCUACAAAUGAUCAGCAGCAAACAUAUACAAGUUUAGAGGAAGUGGUUGGGACCAGUGCAGAUCCAAAACCUGGAGUCUUCCCCUCUUAUCCCAGCAUAAACUCAAGUACGGCUCCAAGUUUACCAAUGCCCACACUGUUUCCGCCUCAAGUUUCUGCACUCCUUGGAAAAGGAGCAAAGCAAUGGCGUAGCGGAGAUUGGAUGUGCACAAAUUGCAACAAUCAUAAUUAUGCUUCCAGACUGCAGUGCAACAGGUGUAAAACUCAAAGAAUAGCAUCCAUGCAACCCGUCAAUGUCGUGUAAUGUUGAAUUCAAUAGUUAAAUUGUUGACGCUUACCCUAGUUUUGUUGAGUUUUGACUUGACCUUCUAGCGUGUAUUUUGCCAGCAAAAAGUUGAGACUCUAGACAGGCUCAUUAUAUUUGCAUAAGACAUAUUUAUUUAUACUCACUGGCAUUGUAUUUUUUUUUUGUUUCUGAAAGGUGUAUGCUUAAUAGAUUUUGGGUAAGAUGUGAUUAUUCUAUUCGCCAA